UGAAAUCCUUAGAGCUACACGGAUGACAGACAUUGUAUAUAUUUUGCAUAACAAUAACCAUAAUAUUCAUUCUCCAAAUUCUCAAACCCUUAAUUCCUUAGAAUUUUUGAAUCAUGGAGAGACCAAGAGUCGGCAUCGUCGGAGCCGGCAUCAGCGGCCUCCUCGCCUGCAAAUACGCAGCCUCCAUCGGCCUGACUCCGGUCGUGUUUGAGGAGCAGCCGCACGCCGGCGGCCUCUGGAACCACACCAUCAAGUCCACCAGGCUGCAGAACUCCAAGGACUUCUUCCAGUUCUCCGACUUCCGGUGGCCGGAUUCUGACGACGGCGUCUUCCCCGGCGGCGCCGAGGUCCUGCAAUACGUGCAAUCGUACGCCGACCAUUUCGAGCUCCUGCCAUACAUCAAUUUUAAGUGCAGAGUGAUGAGCAUGGAGUAUGUGGGCGUGUCUGAAGAGGAGAUGGAAAUGUGGGAUUUGUGGGGUGGAUUUGGAGAAGCCUUUGGAUCCAAAGGGAAGUGGAAUCUCAAGGUUCUUCACAUCAAGGAUCAGUCUGUUAAGGAAUAUGUUGUAGAGUUUGUUGUUCUCUGCAUCGGAAGAUUCAGUGGUCUACCGUCGAUCCCGGAAUUUCCUCCCGGAAAAGGCCCCGACGUCUUCUCCGGCCAAGUCCUGCAUUCCAUGGAUUACUCUGCCAUGGACAAUGCAGCCGCCGCCGAGUUCAUCAAAGGAAAGCGAAUCGCUGUUAUCGGCUCCGGGAAGUCCGCUGUCGACAUUGCAGCCGAGUGUGCAAAUGCCAACGGGAGCGAGAAACCGUGCUCGUUGAUCUGCCGGACAGCUCAUUGGAUGCUUCCGGACGCAAAGGCAUUGGGAUUACUCAGUUUCAGCCGAUUGUGUUUCACCCGAAUUUUCGAGCUUAUGGUUCAUAAACCGGGCGAAGGGUUCCUUAAUAGCACCUUGGCUACAUUGCUUUCGCCGUUGAGAUGGGCGAUCUCAAAGUAUGUCGAGAGGUACAUUAGUUGGAAGACUCCCUUAAAAAAGUACGGCAUGAUCCCCGGCGAGAGCUUUGUCCAAGAAAUCUCCUCUUGUCAAAUUCUUUAUCUACCCGAAAAUUUCUUCGACAAAGUGAAGGAUGGAAGCAUUAUUUUCAAAAGAUCGCAACAUUUUAGCUUUUGCGACGAAGGUUUGAUGAUUGAGGGAGAGCACAACCCUAUAAAAGCCGAUUUGGUCAUCUUUGCCACCGGAUAUAAAGGCGAUGAGAAGCUCAGGAAUAUGUUCGUAUCCCCAACUUUUCGGAAACGGAUAUUAGGAUCUCAAGAAUCCACCGUUCCUCUUUACAGACAGAUGAUCCAUCCGAGAAUCCCGCAACUAGCCAUAAUAGGUUACUCUGAGUCUCUCUCAAAUCUUUAUAGUUCGGAAAUGCGAUGCAAAUGGCUGUCCUUCUUCAUGGACCAAGCUUUCCAUUUGCCGAGCAUUAAAGAAAUGGAAGAGGACAUCGAGAAGUGGGAUACUUACAUGAAGAAAUAUGCCGGAAAUGGUAAGUUCAGGCGAGGAUGCAUUGCCGGCAUUCACAUUUGGUACAACGAUCAAAUUUGCAAAGACAUCGGAUGCGACCCAAAGAGGAAGAAGGGACUUCUCUCCAAUUUAUUCGAGCCCCAUGGACUACGCGACUACGCCGGAAUACAUCCUCGUCAGCUCUGAUCACUUGUUGCAACUCAUAAAUCUAUGUACAAGGUAUGUGUGACCGUCAGGUCAUGAGUUCAAACCUUCGACGUCUCAAAUCACCUUCUACACAUGGUUCGUCUAGUGUGACUUGUCUGUCGAACCUAGUUUGCAGGGUAUUAGGUUCGGCCGGGGGUUUACCCAGUACACACUUUCGAAUAGCGGCUGCAGAUUCUCACGUCAUUAUUAGAAAAAAAAAAAAAAAAAAAAAAAAGAAAAAGGGGGAAA